AGGCCGAGUCGGCGCUGAGCGAACCGUGGGGGGGGGGGAGGGACGCGCGAAAAGGCGGCGGCGACCCCCGCGAGUCGCGACAUUAUCGCGACACUAUCGCGACAUCGUCGCCAUUCCCCGGCCGGCAGGGCGCGCCUGGGCCGCUCCGCGAGCCUCCGCAGGCGCCCCCCGAGGGGAUGCCGAGAGCCCCCCAAAAUGGCUGACAAGAGGAAGCUGCAAGGUGAGAUUGACAGGUGCCUCAAGAAGGUCUCGGAGGGCGUGGAGCAGUUCGAGGACAUCUGGCAGAAGCUCCACAACGCCGCCAACGCCAACCAGAAGGAGAAAUACGAGGCCGACCUGAAAAAGGAGAUCAAGAAGCUGCAGCGGCUGCGGGACCAGAUCAAGACAUGGGUGGCCUCCAACGAGAUCAAGGACAAGCGGCAGCUGAUCGACAACCGCAAACUCAUCGAGACGCAAAUGGAGAGGUUCAAGGUGGUGGAGAGGGAGACGAAGACCAAAGCCUACAGCAAGGAGGGGCUGGGGCUGGCCCAGAAGGUCGACCCCGCGCAGAAGGAGAAGGAGGAGGUCGGGCAGUGGCUGACGAACACGAUCGACACCCUGAACAUGCAGGUGGAUCAGUUCGAGAGCGAGGUGGAGUCGCUGUCGGUGCAGACCCGCAAGAAAAAGGGGGACAAGGAUAAGCAGGACCGUAUCGAGGCCCUGAAGCGGCAGGUGGAGCGGCACCGUUUCCACGUGCGGAUGCUGGAGACGCUGCUGCGGAUGCUGGACAACGACUCGAUCCCGGUGGAUCCGGUGAGGAAGCUGAAGGACGAUGUGGAAUAUUACGUGGAUUCCUGCCAGGAGCCCGACUUCGAGGAGAACGAGUUCCUCUACGACGACCUCGACCUCGACGACAUCCCGCAGGCUCUGGUGGCCACGUCCCCCCCCAGCCAUUCCCAGAUGGAAGAUGAGAUUUUCAACCAGAGCAGCAGCACCCCGACCUCCACCACAUCCAGCUCCCCAAUCCCACCCAGCCCUGCUGCAAACGCUGCCGUGGCCCCUCCCCCACCCCCGGCCAGCGCCCCCCAGCCCCGCCCCCCCAGCGCCCCCCAGCCGGGAAACAGAACGGGGGGGCCACCAGAGUAUUUUUGGUUGGUUUUGUGUAUUUCGGGCUGGUUUUGGCUGGUUUUGUGUAGUUUUAGCUGUUUCUGUGUAUUUUUGGGCUGUUUUCAUGUGUUUUUGGGUGUUUUUGGGCUGUUUUGGGGUGUUUUUGGCUGUUUUUGGGCUGUUGUGACCCCUCUCUCCCCUCCCCCAGGUUACAGCUCGGUGGUCGCCGACAGCUCCUCGGAGCCGGGGCUGGGGGGGGCCGGACCCCAACCCCCCCUGGGGCAACCCCCGGGCCACAACCCCCCCAACAGCGCCCCGAAGGAGCCGGGGCUGGCCCAGCCCCCGCCGGCGGCGCUGGGGGCGGUGGGUGGGGGAGGGGCGGCCCUGCUGGGCCCCCCCCUCAAUCCCAACCCCCCCGGCUCCCCCACCCCCCCCUUCCCCGACUCCAAAGGGGGGGGAGGGGCCGCCCCCCCCCUCCUCAACGGCCCCCCCCAGUUCAGCUCCGCCCCCGACAUCAAGGCCCCGGAGCCCCUGAGCAGCCUCAAGUCGAUGGCGGAACGAGCGGCGCUGGGGGCGGCGCUGGAGGAGCCGGGACCCCCCCUGCACCUCCCCGAGCGCGAUCUGCUGUUGGCCCCCGGGGGGGCUCCCCCCAGCUCGGGGGGUUCGGGGCCGUCCCCGGGGGGUCCCGGGGGGUCCCUGGGCGAGGUCAGCAUCCCCCUGUCCCUGGGGGUCUGUCCCCUGGGACCCCUCCCCCUGCCCAAGGAGCAGCUGUACCAGCAGGCGCUGCAGGAGCCAGCCUGGCACCACAUGCCCCAUCCCUCGGACUCCGAGAGGAUCAGGCAGUACCUGCCCAGGAACCCCUGCCCCACCCCCCCCUACCACCACCAGCUGCCCCCGCCCCACUCGGACACCGUGGAGUUCUACCAGCGCCUCUCCACCGAGACCUUGUUCUUCAUCUUCUACUACCUGGAGGGCACCAAGGCUCAGUACCUGGCGGCCAAGGCGCUGAAGAAGCAAUCGUGGCGUUUCCACACCAAGUACAUGAUGUGGUUCCAGCGGCACGAGGAGCCCAAAACCAUCACGGACGAGUUCGAGCAGGGCACUUACAUUUAUUUCGACUACGAGAAGUGGGGGCAGCGCAAGAAGGAGGGAUUCACCUUCGAGUAUCGAUACCUGGAGGAUCGGGACCUGCAGUGACCCAAAAACCCCAAAAAACGCCCCAAAAACGGCCCCAAAAGCCCCCAAAAUUCAAAAAGAUUGGCCAGAGGUGGAGGAAAUGGCAAAAAACCCCGAAAAAAUGGCCCAAAAGUGAAAGAAAUGGUAAAAAAAAACCCAAAAUGGCCCAAAAGUGAAAGAUUUUGAACAAAAAAAAACCCAAAAAGUCACAGAAAUGGAAAAAAAAAAACCAAAAAGUCAAAGAAAUGGAAAAAAAACCUAAAAAUGGCCCAAAAGUGAAAGAAAUGGCAAAAAAAAAACCCCAAAAUUGCCCAAAAUUGAAAGAAAUGGUAAAAAAAAAACCCAAAAUUGACCAAAAGUGAAAGAAAUGGCAAAAAAAAACCCCAAAAUUGAAAGAAUUUGAACAAAAAA